AUGUUGUCUUCCAGAUCCUACCUGGACCUGUCACACGAGCAGCCUCACAUGCAGGGCGAUCAGAAACUCCCCGAACUCCAUGACCAGUCGAGAACUCGAAAGCACCCUCGAGCACCGAAUACCUCCGGUGCCCCUGAGGGUGCGGCAGCUCCGGAUCGUCCCGCGCGGAAAAGAGGCCGUCCGAAAUUAAAUACUGUCAAAGAUGCUGCAGCCAUCGAGGAACGCCGCCUCCAGAUUCGACGUGCCCAACGCACCUAUCGAAACAAGAAAGAGGCUACCAUCCAGACUCUCAGAUCUCGCGUGAACUCGCUAGAGCAAACACUAGCCAAUGUAUCAGACCUCCUCGCCCAUGAUGCUGACAGUGGGGGUCCUCCUAGCGCGGACUAUCUGGCGCGCACACGAGAACUCAUUCUUGCCGAGUUAGGCAAGGCUGUUCCCACCGAGCAUGGCACUCCAAUACAGCAUGCCGACAAUAGCGACAGCUUCGGCUAUCAUAUCUCGCAUACCUCUGGCAACAUGCAUAAAAACACUCACACUAUCACACGCCUCCGUCCCAGAUCUCCUUCUCCACUGAUCAACCGCAUCCUCCCCACAGCAACAAUCUACACCUACAGCCACCAGGAAUCCAAUCUCUCUCGCCGUCUCCACAUAUUCUGCCUCGAGCAUACCUACCGAUGGCUCACAGACCCAAACACCCCACCAGCGCAACUAAGCCGCGUCUUUGGACUGGUACCAUGCAUCCACGACAUGCCCGGCAUUAGACGGACGUUCCGACGAACCCUGCAAUCAGAGAUCGGCAGCACAUUAGAGUUUUUCAAAAUGCCGUACUACACACUCGGUGGCGCAGGGACGCAUUUCCCACGCCUGCAGGACGGCGACCCUGUGCUCCCCGAGAAUACACGGAGACCGGGAAAGAUUCUCAGGCGGAUGGAGAGGAUCCUGGAGCGUGGUGGCAUCCGAGACUGGGACGAGGAUUGGAGUGGGGAUUUGGAUCUGGUGGGGUUGGGGAAGGGGGAUGAGGAAAGGAUUCGCUCGUUGGACCUUGAUGGUGAGUGGUUCGAUUGUCAUGAUGUACAAGGGUAUUUGGAACAUCGGGGCGUUGCGCUGGAUGGGGCGCUUAGGUUGGGGGUCCCGGAGGCGUUGGUUGGCGCUUUGUAUGGGGCUUCGCCUUUGUCGAGUGUGACGAGCCUCUAUACAUUGCCGGAAGUUACAUCCGUCCAAGUGGAGCCAAGAGAGGCUUAUACACUGGACGUGGAGUGUUUCUUUGAUCUACUACUUCCCAAUCUCCGAAUACUUGGUCGCGCCCCGGGCUUUCGGACGGCGGAUGUUGACGCCGCGUUACGAGGCGCAAUCUCUCGUCAGACUUUUUCUUAG